AACUGCGCGCGUGAGACAAAACAUUGUGGAUUUCGCUCUUUGUUUCGGUUGAUUUUAUUAUGUUGUUAUGGAAUAAUUGCUUCAAAAAGGUAUUAAUUGAAGUAAUAAAGCCAUUAUAAAGCAAUUUCGCACAAAAUUUUGAUCAGCAUCUCCUUUAAAAAAAAAAAACGUGCCAUUCUCGUCGCCGGCCGCAGCGGCCGCAUCCGCGAGGGUGUUCAACCUAACCAAAAUUAGGCUCCGCCUCCCGGCCGCGGGAGCCGCGGCGGCCGCAGAGCACUUGAACAGGGCUCCGGACUGCCCGCUAGUAGCUGCGCUGGAUACGGGUCUUCCGGGAUAGGUACUGAAAUUAUCCUUACUUCACACACCGUAUUUUCCGAAAGCCCAUUCUCACGUUCUCACGCACACAAACGCUAGGCGACGGUACGGCAAAUAGAGCAGCUCCGACCUUCAACUGCUGAACCCUACCGCUGCCGGACGUCCUGUUACUAUGACAACCAACGAUACCGCUCGUGGCGGCGCAGGGGAGCUGCCACCGGUCCCGGCCGACGAUCAGUGACUGAAGACCACCGCUGUGACAGACCGAGCGGCGACAUGGAGGAGGAAAAGGCGCUGCAGCUCUAUCUUGAAUGCUACAAGGACUACCUGAGCCUGGGUCUUCAGCGAACGCUAGACGGGCUGGCCAUCGCCGGCUGGGAGCAGCGCUACGCCACCGAGCUGCCCGCCGACCUGCGCGCCUUCUACCUGGCCACAGACGGAUUGCGUAUUGCCUGGGACUACCGAGUGCCGGCAGGUGACCGGUUCGAGGUGGGCCGCGCCGAGCUGCGGCCGCUGGCUCAGCUGAGCCGACUCGGCGGCCUGCGGCCCGGCUCUGACGAGCCCCUGGCCCAGGUGGACGCCGCCGGCGCCGAGCCGUCCCCCGGCGGAGGGACACCGUGUCCGCGCCUCAGCAGCCGGUGGCUGGUGCUGGAGCUGGAGAGGUGCGGCGAGCACGGCUCAGUGUGCCUGGCGCACUGUCGGCCGGAGCCCGGCGGCCCGCCGCCGGCGCCGGCCGCCGUAUGGCUGCUGGACCGUUCCUGCCGUUGGCACCGGCUCACCGACACCUUCUCCGACUACUUCCGCAUGCUGCUGGCGCACCUGGCGCUGCCGCAGUGGCAGUGGAAGUUCACGCCGUAUGGCCUGGGGCACAUGGCGAAGACCUGGAUGACCCUCAUCGCCCCGCACCUGCUGCCGUCUAGCGGAUGGUCAGUGAGCGACAGCUUCCGAACCCUGCCACCGAACAGAGUCGACGCGGCGCUGUUCCGAUCUCGCUCCAAAAACAAGAAAGAAAAGGAAGAUAAGGUCGACGCUGAAAGCACCGAAGGCAAACAAUAGAACAAUGGCUUGUUCCCACAAUUGGAACAUUGGUGUCUCCUUUUGAGAAUUGAAUAAUUAAAUUUCCAUGUUGUAGGUACGGCAGAAUUGAAAUUGCUCUCACCAGCGUAUCCGACUCGCGGCUAUUUUUAGUGCGUGGGUGUCUGUAAACGUCUAUUGAACAAACGGCUUCGUUGAACGCUUCGCAGCCGUAAGUCAUUUUCAGUAGGUACCGCUUGUAUCAUGAAUAUACUAUCUAAGUGAAGAAACAGGGUUUACUGAGUGUGCCGACCAUAAGAGUUAAUUAACCAUCUGCAGCUUUCAAGGUACCGCCGGGGUGGGACAACCUGUAUGCUUAAAUGACGUUUAAGUGGUACGGUUCGAUAAGUCCAGAAAUCCGGGACCGACACAGCAACUAGUCGCUGAGGCCUGAGCCGUGCGUGUGUGGCCCGUGGUCAGGAGGGUCUCUCCUCGCUCGACCCAACAUCCAAAGGCGAAACACAGGUGACCUUGAGACGUUUGCAGUCGUCCGAGCAUAAUUCAUAAGAAUCAUAACCGUUUUCGGAUAAUUGUCACCAACCCGAAAAA